AUGACGGGGGUAGAGAGGAGAAGGAGAACGGUGUGGGGGAAGAUCCGGGCCGUUCGCUGUGAAGAUAUCAAGGAAUGGUGCGUGAGGCGGCUGCCCAUCUUGGAGUGGGUGCCCGUCUAUGAUUGGAAGGAGAAUCUGGUUCCCGAUAUGGUGUCUGGGAUGAUGCUGGCCAUCCAGCAGGUGACUCAAGAGGAGGGAGGAGGAGGCUAGGGAUAUUUAGCUGCUGUCCAGAGCCAGCCCACUCCAGGAUUGGCCUUUGCUGCUCUCUCUUCAGUCCAUCCAGUUUUUGGUUUAUAUGGUUCAUUCUUCCCUGUCAUUAUAUAUGCCAUAUUUGGAAUGGGACGUCAUGUUGCAACAGGAACUUUUGCCUUAACUUCCUUAAUAUCUGCCAAUGCAGUUGAACGUCUUGUUCCUUCCAUUGGCACUAAUUUCACUGCAAAUAAUAAUUCAGGAAUCUUGGGCCUGUCAGAGUUUGAAAUGCAGAGAAUUGGAGUUGCAGCAGCAGUUUCAUUUCUUGGAGGAAUCAUUCAGGUAGCGAUGUUCAUGCUGCAGCUGGGCCACGCCACCUUCUUGUUAACAGAACCAGUGAUCAGUGCAAUGACCACAGGAGCUGCGACGCACGUUGUGACUUCACAAGUGAAGUACUUGCUGGGAAUGAAAAUGCCGUACAUAUCAGGACCGCUAGGAUUUUUUCAUAUUUAUGCCUACGUAUUUGAGAAUAUCAGAUCGGUUCAGCUAGAGGCUUUACUUCUCUCCUUGCUGAGCAUUGUGGUGCUUGUUCUUGUUAAGGAAUUGAAUGAGAAAUUUCAGAGAAACAUAAAAAUUGUUCUUCCUAUCGAUCUAGUUUUGAUAAUUGCUACAUCCAUUGCCUGCUGCUAUGCCGAUAUGGAAUACGUCUACGGGCUAGAAGUUGUGGGGCAUAUUCCUCAAGGGCUGCCACCACCAAAACUGCCAUCCAUGAAUGUCCUAUCUGAGGUAGUCACAGAAGCUUUUGGGGUAGCACUGGUUGGUUAUGUAGCAUCACUAGCUCUAGCCCAAAGCUCUGCUAAAAAAUUUAAUUACACUGUGGAUGAUAACCAGGAACUUUUGGCUCAUGGCCUCAGCAACAUGAUACCUUCAUUUUUCUUUUGCAUACCAAGCGCGGCAGCGAUGGGACGAACAGCACUGUUAUAUAGCACGGGCGCCAGAACACAGGUGGCUUGCCUUAUCUCUUGUGCAUUAGUUCUUGUGGUGAUCUACACGAUUGGAGCAAUGUUGUACUGGCUGCCCAUGUGUGUGCUAGCAAGCAUUAUCAUUGUGGGCUUGAAGGGGAUGCUAAUGCAGUUCCGUGACUUAAAAAAAUAUUGGAAUGUGGAUAAAAUAGACUGGAGCAUAUGGGUUACUACCUACAUGUUCACAAUCUGCUUUGCUGCUAACGUGGGAUUGUUGUAUGGUGUUGUCUGCACAAUAGCAAUUGUGAUUUUCCGCUUUCCCAGAGAAAAGACACUGAAUUUGAAAAAUAUGAAAGAAGUGGAAUAUAAAUACAAAACUGAAGAUACUUGUGAAUCAUUAAAACAGGUAAAGAUAGUUUCAGUCAGCAACCCAUUAGUCUUUCUCAACGCCAGAAAGUUUCAUGCAGACCUGAUGAAGAUAAUCCAGAAGGAUAGCAUGAGCAGCCAGGCAUGUGAAGAUGUAAACAAGUGUGAGCAGAACACAUUACUCUGCUCAUUUUCCAAUGGAGGUUGUCAUGGUGAAUCACUGCAGCCAUGUCAGAGUGAGCGACGCAUUUUGAUAUUGGACUGCAGUGGACUGCAUUUCUUUGAUUACACUGGAGUCUCCAUGUUGCUUCAGAUUUACAUGGAUUGUAAAAGCAGACACAUUGAAGUGUUGCUCGCAUGCUGCAAAGCUUCCUUGAUAAAAGCAAUGCAGUAUGGUGGAAAUCUCGAAUCUGAAAACCCCAUCUUCUUUGACUCUAUUUCUUCAGCAAUCGAUGCCAGUCAGAUUUCCAGGGUGAGGCUUACAGCAGGGGUAGGGGAGGUCUGGGGGCUCCUCGGGUGCUCACUGAGCUUUGAUAAAGCUUUCAUUUGGGAAAAUGUCACAUAUUCGGUGAACCUGUUGUACGGAAAUAUUUUAUCUGUAUACUCUGCAACCAGUCCUCAGUCUGUGGAUUGCAUUUACCACGUUUUUCCUGCCUGCUCUCUCUUCUUGCCCCCUUCUCUCCUUUGGCAGUAA